ACACAAGGUUCAAUUCUUGAUUUUCGUGGAAAGUUAAACCUGCAACUUGCGGGUUACUGUAAUAUGACGAAGACCACAAGAGAUAUAGAUCGAUUUGGUUUCAACAUGUUUUGAUACAUCUUCAAUAAUGGCUGAAAAGCGGACACGCUUUCCAGAAACAUGGAAGGACGAUACAAGGAUGACAGUUUUGUUUGCACCUUUUAGAGACAAAUCAUUGAACCCUAGCUCAUGGGAUCAGAAAAUGACAUUUUGGUCAAACCUGAUCACAUCCGAUUGUAUCGAUAGUGGUGACAUUGUCAUUGAUGUAAAAACAUUGCCAAGUAGGUUUGAGAGGAAUGGGAAGACACCUGCAUGUCUUAGUUCAGUGAUUAGUGAAAUGGAAAGAACUGGCAAGCUGAAACAAAUAACAGAUACAGAAAUGUUGCCAUCAAAUAAAGGUGCUUCCUCCAGUAAAGGAUGGAUGUCCUGGGGAGUGGAUACAUUUAUAAAGGCUCCAAUCUCCUUAGGAUGGAAUCUUAUGACUAAGCCAACAAUAUCCAGUACAAAACUAGUUGUUGUGGACGCUCUGAAGACAAAAUGUGAUGAGGUGUGCAAACUGCAGUGUGCCUGUAUGGAUUGUGAUUUAACAGACUCUGUGAUAGACUAUUCUGACCUGUGGGUCAGGAGUAAACAGUUGUGUAAGACUGAGAGUGAGUUCUACCUAGUGUUAAAGGAGCUGGCCAAGGAGAAAAGGAUCAUACUUCAUUAUACAGAUACAAAUCUGCUUGUGAAGUUUCCAAAGAGGUCCGAGUCUACAGCAGGGCCUGUGAUGGAGCAGGACAUUCAGAUUUACAGUCUCAAGAAAGCGUCCCAGGUCCUCCUUGAUAGAAUAGAGAAGCUUGGAAAAGAUGUAGACCGGUUGACCGUGGAAGCAAAAAUGUACAAAAGAAAAGACAUGAAACAAUAUGCUUUACGAUCUCUGCGACAGCGUCGACGAACACAGAACAGAAUGAGUAAGCUAUCUGGGUCACUAGACAUGAUCGACGAUGUCCUCGGCCGAAUACAGCAUGCAGCAUCAGAUGAAAUGGUUUUAAAAGCACUUCAGGCAGGUUCUGGAGCACUGAAAACCUUAACAGACAAAACAGGACUGGAUGAGGUUCAUCGAACGAUGGACAACUUGGCAGAGAUACUGGACCAACAAAAUGAAAUUGAGGCGGAGAUGAAUAUGUCCAGGAUUGGAGACGUCAGCUCAGAUGAUCUUGAGAGGGAACUGGAAAGUCUGAUUGGAGAACAAGUGUCUUCACCACAGGGUACCACUGUGGUGCCACCAGAGGGAGCCUCCCUCUCACCAACAGGGGGCGCCACACUAUCAUCACCCUUGAAUACAGGUGUUUCAGCCCCAAAGGCGCCAGUCCCACUAGAAAAUGACAUGGUAGAAAUAGCAGAUCUUCUCGCAGAUCUUGACUUUGGUUCACCAUCUCGCCCAGAUCCACUCAAACAGACUGGUUCUCCAUCUGAAAAUAUGACAACAAUAUCCAAAUACUCCAGUGAAAUAUGUGACAUUGACUUUCCCGAAGUGCCAAGUUUUUCCCCGGGAACACCUGAAAAAUCUAAAGACAGACAGAAAACAUGGACAAAAUUGCCACAAAAGGAGGCAGCACAUUCAUAAUCUACAUCGAUCUUUAUGUGUCUGUAAACAACUCUUUAUCAUAGAUAGAACUUGUAUCAACAGAGCAUAAUAUUAAUUUGUCAUCAGGGCCUGUUCGUUUAUGCGGACAAACCAGUUUGUCAGUUUUUAAAUGUAAUAUUUCAAAUAUAUUUCUUGACGGACCUGCAAAUGUUAAUACAGGCCUUGGAAGUCUUUGUCAAGGCUCAUUUUUAAUUGCAAUAUUUCAGGCAUUUAGCUUGACGGACAUGCAGAUGUUAAAGCAGGCAUUGUAAGUCUUUGUCAAGGCUCGUCUGAAAACAACAAAAAUAUCACCAUGUCUGUCCUUAUUUCAUAAACGAACAACUCUGGUCCAACUGGUACAACAUUUUGGACCGUAUUAAAUGAAAGCGGCCUUGUUGUUUUUCACCAAAUUGAGCCAUAUGAUUUGCGCGAGAUGAUUCUCACAUUGAUCAUGUGAAUAAAACUAAACUAUUAUCAUGUCACAUCGAGAUACUUUUGCCGAUACAAAUUGAUUAAUAUUUUAUAAUGUUAACCAUUGCAUUGAUUAUGAAUUAUAAUUUGGUUGUCUGUCGGUGCUUUCUCUCAAAAUAUAGAAAGUCAACCUUUCUGCAAAGGUGCAAUAUGAUCAUUUAUGUCAAAACUUUUCAAGGUCACUGGAUCAAUGAUCAAGGUCAAUUUUGGAAUCUGUAAAUGGAUAAUGAAACUAGCAUCUAUAAUCCGAGGGUCAGAAAUAAAGCCUAUAAAUCACAACCCAGUGUCCAAAUUAAAUCAUGUCGAGUUAGAUUGAAGAUUAAUCAGUGUUCACAUGUGAUGUAAGCGUAUAUUUGUUUGUUUGUUUGUUUGUUUGCUGGGUUUAUCGUCCUGUGAACAGCCUGGGUCAUUUUUGCGUGGUCGCCUUGUAGCAAGUUGGUGACCACUUCACUGAACAACAUACAAGAGGCCCCUCACAUGCCAUUCAGAGCACAUGGGGUUAAGUGUCUUGUCCAAGGGCACAACCUCAACAGCACAGCUUCUCAAGAAGCUUAAACCGACACAGGUAGGGAGCAUCUAACGUCACACAUUUGAUCUUGAUCCCGAGGUUAGGUGACUAGCGCUCUAACCGACUAAACUAGUGUGACGCCAUAUCUCAAAGAGGAAAUAUUGGAAAACACAGGUUGGAAAGAUAAAUCAUGUUGUUGAUCACAAGUUAAUUACAUUCAACUUGUAUACUGUGAAUUAUUAUUGUAAUUUUAACCAACUAUGUUUCAUCUACACUAAAAGAUUUAAUAUAUUUUUGUAUUUAUUGCAUGAAAUGUUUUAGAAGAUGAAAAUGUUGUCAUAUGAUUCUUUUUUGAUUGAUAUGUUUACGAUCAUGAACUUGCAAAAAUAAAAUGAAAUAUUUUCAACCAAUAAAUUAAA